GUAACACUGUUUGGGAGACCUGAGUUCUGACGAUCUUCACAGCUGCUGCUCCGCCACGGCUGCCUUGAACAUCAUCGUUAACAAGAAACACCGAAUCCAGGUGGACCCAGGGGCUGAGCCAAUGAAGGCCCAGGAGCCGCAGCCGUCAUUCUGGCAGGAGGUGGGCCGCUGGGGGGGCAGCGAGGAGAGCCCUCAGGCUGGGGGUCCGCCCUCCUCGCACAUCUCCUACCUCACCUUCAAGAGCCUGGUGCAGCUGAGACGCACCCUGAACACCGGUGUGGUGAUGUUGGACUGUAAGGAGCUGAGUCUGGCCACCAUCGCUGAGAAGAUGGUGGACGAGUUGGUGAAGAAGAAGGAGAUCAGACCUGGAGACCGGGAGGGCGUUCUCAACUCUCUGAUCCACAACCCCAGCCAGUCAGCAGACCCAGAAAGCCAAGUCCUUACUAAGGGAACAGAGAUACACAACAUCGCUGUCAAAGAAAAGAGCGACGCGGCUGAAAGCGUGGAGGCCUCCAUGGUGCUAGUAGGAUCCCUGGACUUCCUGGAGAAGCCCACAGUGGCGUUUGUGCGGCUUAAGGCGGCGACUGUGCUGGACUCGGCUCUGGAGGCCGCGGUGCCCGUUCGCUUUGUCUUCGUCUUGAUUGGUCCAGGGAAGAACAACUUUGACUACCACGAAACUGGCCGGGCCAUGGCAGCCCUCAUGGCUGAUAAAGUGUUCAACCAGGCGGCGCUGCGAGCCCAGAGCGCGGCCCAGGUGACGGUGGCCGUGUCCGACUUCAUGGACUGCAGCGUGGUGAUCCCCCCCACGGAGAUCCAGAGUGAAGCAGCGCUCAUCGGCCUGCUGGGCUUCCAGAAGCGGCUGCUGGAGGAUAGGCAGUUGCCCCCCGAGCCUUCGGAUCCCCUAACCGCCGCGGCCCGCAGGGGCUCUCUCUCCACCGGGGCCCCCGCGGAGGACCCCCUAGCGCGCACGGGCCGGCCCUUUGGUGGUAUGCUGCGGGACAUGCAGGGCCGUUACCAGCACUACCGCAGCGACCUGACGGACGCCCUCAACAGCCAGGUGCUCGCCGCCGUCAUCUUCAUCUACUUUGCCGCCCUGUCGCCCGCCAUCACCUUCGGAGGACUGCUGGCGGACAAAGUGGACAACAUGAUGGGCGUGUCGGAGCUGCUGGUCUCCACCAGCCUCCAGGGCGUCCUCUUCUGCCUGCUGUCAGCCCAGCCCGUCUUGGUCAUCGGCUUCUCCGGCCCGCUGCUGGUCUUUGAGGAGGCCUUCUUUGCAUUCUGCCAGUCCCAGGACAUAGAAUACAUAGUGGGCCGGGUGUGGGUGGGCGUUUGGCUGGUCAUCAUCGUGGUGCUCAUUGUUGCCCUGGAGGGCAGCUUCCUGGUCCGCUUCAUCUCCCGCUUCACCCAAGAGAUCUUCUCCAUCCUCAUCUCCCUCAUUUUCAUCUACGAAACCUUCGCCAAGCUGGGCAGGACCUUCAGGACCCACCCUCUGGUCCUGAACUACGACCACCUGAACUCCACCUUGGAGGAGCCCUGGCAGCCCAUGGUGACGGAGCGCCGUCGGUACGACAACGGCACCGGCAACACCACGGUCACCAAGGUGAUGGUGAACCCAGCCUACCCCAACACGGCGCUGCUCUCCAUGUGCCUGAUGCUGGGCUGCUUCUUCAUCGCCUUCUUCCUACGGCAGUUCAAGAACGGAACAUUUCUGCCUGGAAAAGUCAGGCGGCUGCUUGGGGACUUUGGCGUCCCUAUCGCCAUCUUCCUCAUGGUGGUAGCAGAUAUUAGCAUUGAAGAUGUUUACACACAGAAACUGGUGGUUCCAAAGGGGCUUACGGUGUCCAACCCAGCCCAGCGCGGCUGGCUCAUCAACCCCUUUGGGGAGCACAAGGCCUUCCCCGUGUGGGUCAUGUUCGCCUGUUGCGUUCCUGCCAUCCUCGUCUUCAUCCUCAUCUUCCUCGAGUCGCAGAUCACCACCCUUAUCGUGAGUAAGCCUGAGAGGAAGAUGGUGAAGGGCUCAGGCUUCCACUUCGACCUGCUGCUGCUGGUGUCCAUGGGUGGUCUGAGCGCCAUCUUCGGCAUGCCGUGGCUCAGCGCUGCCACCGUGCGCUCCGUCACCCACGCCAACGCCCUCACCGUCAUGAGCAAGGGCCCAAAGCCGCAGAUCCAGAGGGUCCUCGAGCAGCGGGUCAGCGGGGUCCUGGUGGCGCUGCUGGUCGGCCUGUCCAUCCUGAUGGAGCCCAUACUGAAGAUGAUCCCCAUGUCCGCUCUGUUCGGAAUCUUCCUCUACAUGGGCAUCACCUCGCUGAACGGCAUCCAGCUGUGGGACCGCAUCCUGCUGCUGUUCAUCCCCCAGAAGUACCACCCUGACGAUCCCUACGCCACCCAGGUUAGCACAGCCAGAAUGCACGUGUACACGACCAUCCAGGUCGUGUGCCUCGGCAUUCUGUGGAUCGUCAAAUCCAGUCCUGCCUCGCUUGCGCUCCCGUUCGUCCUCAUCCUCACCAUCCCUCUGCGCAUGUUCAUGACCGGACGACUGUUCACCCCCCUGGAGAUGAGAUGUCUGGAUGGAGAUGAUGCUAAGGUAACAUUCGACGAGCAACCCGGACAAGAUGUAUACUACGAAUCUCAGAUGCCCUUGUAGACAGAAGAAGAUCGGUAACCUAAAAAGGUCUAUAUGUCCUAUUAGUAUUUCUGAUCAUAGAUGUUAAUUUCUAUGCUUAAUUUAAAAUCACUUCUUUAGUACUAAAAACGUAUUAACUAAAAUUAGACAUUGUCAAAUAUAACCCAUACAAUUACAUUUAUAUGUAUUUAUCUUUAUAUAUUUUUUUGCCAGACAAACAUUUGGAGAUCUUUAUAAUUUGGUAGCAAUGCGAUUCUCUUUAAAACAGCAGCUUGUUUCUUUCAUUUGAAUUACAAUAGAUACAAUAGAUAAAAUGUGGAAGGUUCAAAUUUACCCCUUAAUGAUGUGUUACCAUCUCCCAAAUGUACAGAAAUGCUAUUGUUGUUGUUGAUAUUGUUGUUGUUGAAAAUCGCAGUUUAACACCGAAUGUAUUCCGUACAUGUUUGGCACAUACAACUCAGCAUUACAUCUGUAAUAUUUCAAACUGAAACAUUGUGAGGGUUAUUUUUAAAAACGCUUGUUUGAUUAUGUUCUCAACCUGUGGUAAUAAAACUACCUCCUACACAAACAAAGAAUGCAUUGUUUCAACGUACCUGUAUUUAGAUUUAUGCUCUGGAUGGAUGAAUGGAUGAUAGAGAGAUACCUUCUCACGGAGGUUUAGAAGGGAAUGAAGUGGUAGAUAGACUUAGGAGACAGAUAAUCUUCCAUUAUUCUAGGCCAAAGGACACUGAGAUCCAAACCAUUGCAUUGAAACACGCAUAUACAAUAAACCAAAGGUAGUUCAAUAGGAAGUCACCAUAACAUAGUUAACUAUAGGACACACAGGACUUAAUCAUACACUUUAUAAAAGGGGAAAAUGCACAUCAGGGACAUGAACAAUGUUCUCAGGGAGGGAAGGGGAUACCUUACCAAGGAAACAGAUUUUGCAUACAGAAUUGUGUUCAUCAUCAUGUAUGUUAUUAAUAUAUUAACCUACCGACACCUACCGAAUUAACGCCCCUUCCGGU